GCUUGAAUAGCGGGAAGUUAUGGGCGUGGAGUUCAACAAAUACCACCUUGUCGACAACGCAGCAGAGAACGCGAAAGGCUAGGGCUUCCUCAAGCACUCCGAUAACCUGAAAGGAACCUUUCUGGAUCGUGAAAAGGAGUUACCCCAACGCGUCCUCAUGUAGGCCUAGCUCUAGGAGAAAUCCUACUACCGAGAGAAGACCGGCGAAGCCAUGUGCUAGCUGAAGACCGUUCGCGCGAAAGCAUCUCGCAUGGAGCGGGUUCAAGCGGGACUGUGGACUCGAGGAAUCAGAGCUCGACAAGCAGGCUGCGUACUCUUCGCUGACCGCGAUGUCAGCCUACGUGCGUGGUCUCAGUGCGGCCUCUGGAUACAUCAAAGAACGAAAGAGCGAGCAUCGCGCUAUAAGCUGCAAAUGGCACCUCUUUCUUAGGUCUGCGUCACAUGGAUCGACCGCGCAGGCCGAACGGCAGCGAUCCACUCAUCAAUCGGCAGCUCUGGUCAUUCCGCCGUCCAAACAAGUGCACCAUUAGCCGGUGGAGCCGGUAGAUCGUCAAUAUAGUUAUGGAUUUGACUGCUUCGAAUCGAAACACCUCAUACAAACACUUGAUUUGACGGUCUCAAUGGUGUUUGGCACUCUCAACGGCGUUCUCGUAGGGAAAGAGACGUAUUUGGAGUCUCUGCCCGUACAAACUUCGCAGGAAAGAACUUCAGCAGGCCCAGGUUAGCCUCCAAGGGACUAUCGUUAUGCCGAUAAGCGUCAACGGUCGUAUUUCUGUAAAAACCACGAUAUGACGACGUAA